AUGCCUCUUCCUGUUUACCCUAAAAAGACAAUACACAUCACAUCUGAAAUCCAGUUUGAAAAAGAAAUAAAACGCAUCACAGAUCUGUUUAAAAAGAAAGAAUCUGAAGAGACUUGGGAACAAUUUAAGCAUGCUUUAAACAACCUAAGUCAAUGGAUCACACAAGACAAUAUACACCACUAUGCUACAUUUGAACAAUCAAUAAAGGAUCUCAAGUUACCCAUUAUUCAAUCACUUGCUUCUCCUCGUACUAUUUUAUCAGCAGCUGCUUCAGAACUCUUAAAGAUAACCGCACAAGCCAUGAAAUCAAGUUUUGCCACCAAGUUAAAUCCAACUUUUGUACAAGCCAUUAUCAAACAAUUCGGUAGCACGAACAAAGUCCAUACAACACGUGUCCUGAACGACUACAAAGAAAUUAUUCAAGCCUCUAAACUACCUAAAUGCAUUCCACUCUUUACUGAGUACCUCACUAACAAAGACAAACAUAAAAACAAUACGCAUUUACGUGCCUGUCUUUGUGAAUGUCUGUUGGUCUUGAUCCAAGUCAAUUCUGUAGAUCAUUUAAUCAAAUUUCAAGUCGAUAUUGAGAAAUCAAUUCGUGUGGCUUCUGUUGAUUCCAGUGCUCAAGUGAGACUCGCUAUUCGUGCUUGUUAUGCUGCUUAUGCUGAACAGUUGCCUGAACAAUCAAAUCAGUUUAAAGAGAGUUUAUCUGAAAUUGAACGAAAGCAUUUGGAUGUAUCGCCUGUGCCACGUAAAUCAUCUUCUUCCAGUUCACUUCCUGGACAUAAGAAAACAAAGGAAACAAAACGACCUGUCUUGGUGCGAUCCAGAUCAAGUGUACCACUCAUGGCACGAAAGCUAUCUAGUUCCACUUUGAAAGAACAGCCAAAGAAGAGGGACCAGCUCGAAAAGAAAGAGCAAUCCGAAAAUAAAGCUCAACCCGAGAAUAAAGCUCAACCCGAGAAUAAAGCUCAACCCGAAAAUAAAGAACAGCUAGAGAAUAAAGAACAGCUAGAGAAGAAAGAUCAAGAACAAACAAAAGAAUCCACUGUUCAAGCAUUAAAAGUACCUGAUACCAAUUUAGAAUUAAGACAAGACAUACCUAUACCUUCAGUCGAGAAGAAAUCUAAAAAAGUAACUAUUGUCACAACAGGCAUGAAACGACGCUAUGUCUCUCUGCCUGCACCUAAUAAAAAGACAAAAGCACUUCCUCCCAUGUCUACAGCACUUAAAUCCAGAUCUUCUUUACCAGCAAGAACAUUAUCACCACAUCCUUCUAUCUCGUCUUCUUCACAGCUCAAGAAAUUACAGUCUAUCACUAAUGUUGUUAUAGAGAAUCCUAGAAAAAGAAGCUUGGAUCAAACUCAAUCUACCAGUGAGCCCCUAAGCGAACCCAAGAAACUUAAGCCAAAGGAACCGACUUUAUUACAUCGUUUUGGUAACCGACAAUUUGCCCCUAAACCUCUAUUUACAAAACGAAGCCAUUUACUGAAAUUAAAAAAAGCAAAUCAUCAAUAA